CCCUCUUUCUCUGUCUUCCCUUUUAUCUUCUUCUUUCCUUCUAUCUCUCGUUCUUCUUAUCUCCCUCUUUCUCCCACUUUGAGCGCGCCUUAUAUACCCCACUCACGCACACACAUAUAUAUACACAAUCUCGUAUCCCGAUUUACGAAGGAUAUCGGGCAGCGAUUAGUUGUUUUCUGACUCGCCGUUCGAUUUCUCGGCGCACGGUUGCAGGGUCAUCGAGGGUCGCGGUGCAGUCGGUAACUGAGAGGAGGAGGAGGAGGAGCAGGAGCAAAAGGAGGAUGUGAAGAGAUGAGGGAGGAGGAGGAGGUGGUAGUGGUGGUGGAGGUGCAAGAGGAAGAAGAAAAGAAAGAUAGUAGCGAAUGAUGGCAAAAACCGAAAAAAGAGGGACAAAAAAAAAGAGAAGAAGGUGUCAAACGUGGAACCCGCGUGAAACGCGAAACGAAAUAUAAAGAUAUAUUGUUGUAAAGGAUUCCCCCACCCUCGUCUUUCUAGACACGAUUUCGUUCAUAGAUGGCCGUAACAUUUCUACCUUACCAACAUAUCUUGAGGUUAAUAAAGAAAAUGGACACCAGGAAAGACCAAAACAUGUCGAAAAAUUCUCAAAAAAGAAAAUUAAAAUAUGCCAAUCAAGCGGAGAUACUUCGGUCUCAUCAAAGGGAUUUAGAUUUUGUAUUACAACUGCAAGAAAAGCUUUCCGACAUAUUACAUGAUUUUAAGAAUUACAGGACUCUAUCUCGGCAUUUAAUUUCUGAUACAUUAGCUAAAUUGAUAUAUUUUAUUUUUACAACUGGAAUGGGUAAUCAAACUUUGGGAGAAGAGUAUACUGGAAUUGUUCAGGCUGAUAUUAAAGCAUACAGAAUUCCAUCUUUAAGUGCAAGGAUUAUGGCUAUGAUGCUAGAAUAUUUUGGGGAAAGAACGUUGUUGAGAGGAUUGGAUCUAUUACAAAGAUACGUUAAUGAUUCUGGUAAUCAAUUAACAGAACAGUCGAUUAAAUUGCUCAAUUUGAUUUUAUCAAGAUUACAGUCAAUAAUACCUCUACUCAUAUUAAUUCAUAAAAGUAUCUUUUAUAUCUCUGGUAGAUAUUACAGUUUAGGUAAAAGAUUAACUAAAAUAGAUUAUGCAAAGGUUUACGGUAAUCCAUCUGUUGAUAAAAUUAGCUGGGGUUUAAGGUUACUCGGAAUCAUAACUUUAAUGCAAUCUGUAUUAAAAAUAUGGCAAAAUGAAUCGCAGCGGAGGAAUAACGAAGAACAUAUAAAACUGACUGAAACAGAUGUACAUGGAAAAUGUCAGUUGUGUACUGAAGCAAUAUCAACAACUGCAACUCCCUGUGGUCACAUAUUUUGUUGGCCUUGCAUUAGUAAUUGGUUGCGCAAUAAACCACAAUGUCCCUUUUGUAGAGAAAAUGUUCCACCCCAAAGAAUCGUAUAUUUAAUGAAUCUAUAA